AUGCUGGUGGGCCCGACAAGUUCCGGAAAGACCAAGUGCUAUGAGAUCUUGAGACACGCAUGUACGGCGAGCCUUAAAGGUCAAUUGCAACCGAGUAGCAAGCCGUUUACAACGGUUAUCACGUACGUACUGAACCCAAAGGCCGUAACGUUGGGCCAACUGUACAGCGAAUACGAUCUCAACACAUGCGAAUGCGGAUUUGCUAUCACUAUGGACAGCUUUUGCUGUUGUUUGGGGAUUAGGUGCCACUUGCGAUUACAGAAGCCGUUGUAUAUUCAGCGACUGGCUGAGAAAAAUACAGAAAGACGAUUACACGACGGAUUUACCGAUCCAAUUGACGGGAGCCAGGAGCCAAUUCCGCCUAAGUGGUACAAGUGGUUGGAUGGCAUUCCGUCUGUCAGAAUAACGCCGGACACAAAAUAUGCGGAUAUCGAAGUUCCGACGAUGAAUAGCGUGCGAAGCGUGACGUUGAUCGAGCAUCUUCUUAUUAACGAGACGAAUGUGUUAUGUAUCGGUCCGAGCGGAAGCGGCAAAACUUUAACCGUAUCGGCGAAACUGUCGCGUAAUAUGCCGGGGAAAUAUAUCUGCGACUUCAUGACGUUCUCAUGGCGCGAACUACAGCGAAUCAGACGCAGGAUUUCAUUGACGCGAAAUUGGACAAGCGACGUAAGGGCGUCUACGGGCCGCCGAUUUUGA